UGGCUGGCGGUGUAUGGUUUGUGGUUGUGUUAGGUCUCGCUCUGUUGUCAAUAUCACACUCCGAAUGCAUUAAUGCGAAGCGAUGGGAAUCCUGCAGUCAUGUCUACUAAAGGAACUGCUUUAACGCUAAUUGUUCUGUCCGUCCUGAUAGCGAUUGGUAAUGCUCUGAGGUGUAACUGCACCAACUGCGAGAGCAACGGCUAUGAGUGUGAGACAGACGGGGCCUGCAUGGCCUCCACGUCCAACAUCGGCGGUGUGGAGCAGCACGUGCGCAUCUGCAUCUCGCGCGACAACCUCAUGCCGCCGGGGCAGCCCUUCUACUGCCUGAGCGCCGAGGGCUACCUCAACACGCACUGCUGCUACACCGACUACUGCAACAGCGUCGACCUCCAGAUGCCCACAGUGCCGGAGCAGGAGAGCGCCCUAAGCAGUUGGGGGCCGGUGGAGCUGGUGGCGGUGAUCGCCGGGCCCAUCAUCCUGGUGUGCCUGCUGCUGAUCGUGGGCGUGCUGCUCUUCCAGCACCACCAGCGCACCUACAACCACCGGCAGCGGCUGGACGUGGAGGACCCGUCCUGCGACCACCUCUACCUCGCCAAGGACAAGACGCUGCAGGACCUCAUCUUUGAUAUGUCCACCUCUGGCUCUGGCUCAGGCCUCCCCCUGUUCGUGCAGAGGACUGUGGCCAGGACCAUUGUCCUGCAGGAGAUCAUUGGGAAGGGGCGCUUCGGCGAGGUCUGGCGGGGCAAGUGGCGAGGCGGUGAUGUGGCCGUCAAGAUCUUCUCUUCGCGUGAGGAGCGCUCCUGGUUCCGCGAGGCGGAGAUCUACCAGACCAUCAUGCUCCGGCACGAGAACAUCCUGGGCUUUAUCGCCGCAGACAACAAGGACAAUGGUACAUGGACACAGCUGUGGCUGGUGUCGGACUACCACGAGCACGGCUCACUCUUUGACUACUUGAAUCACUACUCGGUCACCAUCGAGGGCAUGAUAAAGCUGGCGCUGUCUGCGGCCAGUGGACUGGCCCACCUGCACAUGGAGAUCCUGGGCACACAGGGAAAGCCUGGUAUAGCACACCGUGACCUCAAGUCAAAGAAUAUCCUGGUGAAGAAGAACGCCACUUGUGCCAUCGCUGACCUGGGACUGGCAGUGAGGCACGAGUCAUCCACUGACACCAUUGAUAUCGCACCCAAUCAGAGAGUGGGCACAAAGAGAUAUAUGGCUCCAGAGGUUUUGGAUGAGACCAUCAAUAUGAAGCACUUUGAUUCGUUCAAGUGUGCUGACAUCUAUGCCCUGGGUCUUGUAUACUGGGAGAUAGCGAGGCGCUGCAAUGCUGGAGGUAUUCAUGAAGAGUACCAGCUGCCCUACUACGACCUGGUGCCCUCGGAUCCGUCCAUCGAGGAGAUGAGGAAGGUGGUGUGUGACCAGAGACUGCGGCCCAAUGUGCCCAACUGGUGGCAGAGCUAUGAGGCACUGCGAGUAAUGGGGAAGAUCAUGCGGGAGUGCUGGUACUCGAAUGGUGCGGCGAGGCUGACGGCCCUGCGCAUCAAAAAAACCCUGUCCCAGCUUAGUGUCCAGGAAGACGUGAAGAUGUGAGACGCGCUCGGAAGGCGGUCCGGACCGGCUUCGCCUGCAGGACACUUCCACAGAGACGCACCAACCGAGCCGAGAGCGCACAGACUCUGAACUGGGAGAGUGGGAGUGAAAAAGAAAAGACAGAGUGAAAGAUUUAUUUUAUGGAGAAAAAAAAGACCCUGCCAGUUUUUUCAAAGCCACACUUCUGUGUUGUAAAGAGGUCUACCUCACCUUUUUUAGCCCAAACUACUGAAUCUAGCAAUUUCGCCACCUCCACCUCCAACUCCAGCUCCAGCCCAGCACUACCAACCCUCCAUGUGCACACCAUCCCCUUCUUUCAGGAUCCGUCCGACUCUGAAGCCACUCCACCCACCGGCUGACCACUCCCUACAUCCUCCCCCUCCUCCCCGCACACCUGGGCCUCCUGUCCCUGAAGCGGAGGGCCCCCUGCUCCUCAUCCACUGCACUCCUCCACCUUCUCCGCCCAGUGUUUGUGGAUCCCUUAUUUUGUGUUUGAUGGGUUUUCUUUUCUGCGCAUGUCAUGGCAGUAACUACUAAUGUACAGUGAAUCGCUGUUUGUUUUAAAAAUUCUCUUACAGUUCGAAACCUUGCCACUCCUUUAUUUGAUCUCCCUGCCAUUUUCUAGUAAUGGGACUAUGUGAGAGACAUUUAAGACAAACGGUUGUAGCUCUACACUACAAUUCAGACCUAAAAAGUUUGUCCACAGUUAUAUGGGUUCUUUUUUCCUCCACUUUUUUUCCUCAUACCAUGUUAUGCGCUACUGCAGUUGUAGAGAAUGUGAAGGAAAAAAGGCAGACACCCUUUCCUUUUUGAGGUCUGAUGCAUUACAAUAGCAUAGGCAGGGAUGUAGCAAGCCUUGAUGUCUGUGACUGUGUUCAAGUGUGUAUGUGAAUAUAUAUGUAUAUAGACUUCGUAUUAUAGCUCUGAUGUAAUAUUUAAAAUUGCAGGAGGGGUUAGGGGUAUACUACACACAUGUGCUUGGAAAGACCUUCUGUGUGAGAGGACCUUCCAUAUGGCAAUGUAUUAAUCAGGCUACAGCUUAUGGCCUCCUUACACCAAACAACUUUGACAAGAUUUGGGAAAGAUUCUUGAAAGAUUGGAGUCUUUUGAGGAAAGCUUGAAAGGGGGGCAUUAGUUAAAAAAGUACAAUCUUUCAAAAAUCUUUCCCAAAUCUUGUCAAAGUUGUUUGGUGUAAGGUGGCCAUAAGGCGUGGAGAUGUGGUUUGGACUGUUUGGGUUCAAUCCCAGUCACAGCACUACAAUGCUGCAAACAGUGUGGCUGUGCACGUGUGUCUGAAUGAUUUUAUUGUGAUUUGAAUCAAUAAGGAUCAAUCUCUUGAUGUGGUCCAUGAUUCGUUUUCUUGGACUUUUAUUUUGUUCAAUGUUUUGGGGGUGAUUAACAUUUUAUUUAUUUGUUAAUAUUUUAUAUAUAGUUUUUUUUUUUUUUUUUUUUUCUUCGUUCACUGUGAUAUGUUAAUCAGGGGAGUAUUGUCAGUGGAGCCCAGGUCACUGUCAAACAAUGGCUGAUAGAAGUGACAGAAGUCAGAUAAUCAAACCUGCGUGAUCUGCUGGAGAGCCAUACACUGAGAAACUGACCUUUUAGGGAAGGGGAAUUAUUAUGUCUGCACUGUCUUGUAAUGAGAAAGAAAGUGUGUUCAUACUUUGGUUUCUGAUUUAAGUAGAUUUUUAAAUUUAUGGAAAAAAAAAUCCUUUUUUUUUAAUAAUAUCUGGAAAUCAUCCUUUAUGACAAUCUUUGAUGGAACUGACGUCUGUGGUUUCGCAUACUGAUUCUGUUGUCUGGGCACUGUGAGAUGUCUUUGGAAAUAAGGUUGAUUGAAUAAGAACUGAAUGCUGGUUCACCACUUAGUUCAUGCAUUAUGUAUAUUUGUAUUGUAAAGUAUUGCAUCUUUUAGCUAAUCAAUAUCACUUGUUUAUAAUCAACUACUCCAAAUAUACCUUUUUUUUCUACUGUUUGUAUUUUUAGCUUUCCAAACAAACUUGAAGGUACUACUGAUCUAAACUACUACUCUGCCUCCUGUUGCUGUCCAUUUGUUGUCAUUUGGAGCCAUGACCUGUAGUAAAGACAUUUUUACUUGCA